AUGAGCGCCUCCUUUCCAAAAUCUGAAUCCACGACCUCCUUGCUGAAAUCAUCCUCUGCGGCGAGGAGACCGACACACCUCCCUGAACGCACAGCAGAGAGCCGGAGAAGUCAACAGCAUCAGCACCAGCAUCAGCACCAGCACCAGCAUCAGCACCAGCAUCACCACCGUCCUGCUGCGCUCCACUGCAACAGCAAAGCCGAGGAGUCCUUCUGGUCGGCCGAGUGCGAUGUCAGUGCGCGGAGACCCCUGUGCCAUCCCUCCCUCGCCGGCAGCCAGGACAGUAGUAGUAACGAUGCAGCCACUCGGGGCAAGUGCAAGUCGCAUGCCCCCCACAGCCAAGUUCUUGACCCGCAGGAGCCAAACGGCGAGGCGGACCAAGGUGUGAAGGAGCGCUGCAGGUCAUCCAAGACCGCACACCGGCACCACCACCGCAGGAAGCACCACCGGGAGGACCGUCCACCUGAACCAGAGCAUCCCGGUCGCUACCACACGUCGCACAGCCGUCCGGUCCCUAGGGUGCCCUCCCUGUCGGACAGCAACGACGACAGGGUUCCUCUGUGUGAGCCGAGGGACCAUAAAGGGGUCAGUGUGGCUAAUGGAGGCGGUCAGGUCGACAGUCCAUCCCCGUCCUCCUGCUCCCUGGUCCCGCUGUCCAGCAGGUCGUCUCGCCGCUCCCGGAGGUCCAGCGCUGCUUCUUCUGCAUCUGAUGUCAAUUUACGCACUAUCCUCAAUUCACUGUUUGGACAGGACAGAGAGCUGCGUCCAGAGGAAAUGGAUGAGUUGCGGGAUGCUUUCAAAGAGUUUGACAAGGACAAGGAUGGUUUCAUCAGCUGUAAAGACCUUGGAAACUGUAUGAGAACGAUGGGAUACAUGCCCACUGAAAUGGAGCUGAUUGAACUUAGUCAACGGAUAAACAUGAACUUGGGAGGUCAUGUUGAUUUUGAGGACUUUGUAGAGUUGAUGGGCCCGAAGCUCCUCGCCGAAACUGCAGACAUGAUCGGAAUAAAAGAGUUAAAAGAAGCAUUUAGAGAGUUUGACACUAACGGAGAUGGUGCCAUAAGCACAUCUGAGCUCCGAGAUGCAAUGAGGAAGUUGUUGGGCCAACAGGUGGGUCUAAAGGAAGCAGAAGAUAUCCUGAGGGAUGUUGACCUGAACGGUGACGGGCUUGUUGACUUUGAAGAGUUUGUACGAAUGAUGUCUCGCUAA